AACACCCGCGGAGUUUAUAUCCGUCAACAAUAAACUGAUGCUUUUCAGUCAAGUUAGCUACGACACAGAAACUAUAAGUGUUAUAGUUAUUAUGGAAACGAUUAGUUAGUAAAUACGAAACUUGAAAGCGUCAUAUUGCUACUAUAUUUUUUUCUUGGUUGUGUACACGUUUUCCAGUUAUGGCGGCGAGAUUUGCUGUUGUUGAGACUUUGGCUGAGUUCGGUUGCCCUUCCCCAAGUACAGCUGCGCAAAUUAUGUGGUCUGGGGUAGAUGUGUUUAUUUGUAUUGGAUAUGACGAAGUGUACGUCUUCAACACACAAGAGCGGAAACUGAGGAUUGUCCUUCAGUUCCCGAGUCCAGUGGGCCACAUAGCUUUUAGUGUGGACAAGCAGCGCCUCUAUGCAGUCUGUGACAGUGAUAGUGUGUUCUGUAUCAGCCUACCAUCUCUCCCCUCCAGGGCUCCCACUCCCCCGUCCGACCAGUCCCCUGGCCCUGCUCUGUUCCGGGUGUCGUCUGAUUUUCUGGCAGUCAGAGAAGUGGGUGUGUGUUCUGUGGUCGAGGUGGGAGGGUCCGAAGGAACUUUGGUGACUGUUUCCCAGCGAGAAGCAGCCUGGUGGUUUACUCUCUAUGGAGCCACUAGCUACAGGAAACUGACUCAGUUUAGUCUGCCGGCUGUUUCAGUUGGUCUCCAUGACGACUUCAAGGAAAAUGGCGGACUUGUCAUGCGACCUUCGCUGGCCUGCAUUUACAGCGGUGAUACACCGCCACAAUCAUCAUCCUCAAAAUCAACAACAAAACCAUCACUUUCGCCGUCAUCCACAUCUCUAGGCGUCUUCCAUUUAUUCCUGGAGCCCCUUCUUUUCAAGCUCCUCUUUGGUGUCGACGCUGCAUUUGUCAACUCCCCUGUGAUCGUCUGUGGCCUGCCUGAUGGGCGUCUCUGCUAUUUCCCCUCAUGUCUUCCAGGCCAAGCUGGCCCCCGUGUCAAAGUCCUACACAACCUGGAACAGCCAGUUACAUUUUUGGGGACCUCGACUGGGACUUAUGGGAGUCAGCAGUGUUUUGUGGCAGUUGGCCAAUGGGGGAGGGUGGUGCUGGUCCGGAUCUGUGAGGGUGGUGCAGGAGAGGGAGGGAAGGUAGCAGGCUUUACUGAGGGGUGUGUUUCCGGGCCUGUGGUUUGCGUGUGCGCAGGCAGGAAGGGCCUGUACUACAGCACCGGCUCGGAUCUUUUAGCACUGGAUGUCUCAGGGGGGCGAGAGGACGAUCUAAGCCCAGGAGAGAGCGUGGUGGUGGGUCAUGGGGAGAGGCGAGGCCAGGGUCAGGCCAGGGAGAGACCCAGUGGGUCUGGUUCACUGCAGAUUCCUGUCAGCCUGAAUGUCUGCAGGGUCAUUGCCCUGGCUGGUCCAUCUCACAACGCCUCAGGUAAAGGAAUAGUGCAGCUGUUGGCGUUGUCUCUCCGAGGGAGGCUCCAGCAGUUAACCCUGCCUAACGGUCCAGAGGGAGGAGGCGCGCCCCAGCUCUCCUCAUCCCAGGUGGGACAGAGAAUCAAGGACCUUCUUGCGGCCGUUGGAGAUGUGUGUGAGAGAGCGUCGUUGUUGAAAAGCACCAUUCAGUCCAAAAACAACUCUCUCAGACACCUGAAUCAGGUUCUCAAUGUCUGCUGCCUACUGCUAGCCAAUCAGAGGGCUGGAGAGAAUUGUUCUGUCUCUGAGAAGCCAAUUAGGUGUCGCAUUGUUGCCAAGUGGAGCCGUCUGCUACAGAGAGACUCUCUGAUCCUGACCUGUGUCCUGAACAAUUCAAGUCCUUAUGUACUAGAACGGGGCUGGAUACUCUGCGUGCAAGUUGUUCCACUAUCCCACCCUCUUCAUGAAGGAGGGGAGAACGUCUCUAGAACCUUCUCAUUCCCAGUCCAGAAACUAGAGCAGUCUGGGGAGAUGGAAGUGUCAUUGCCUGUAGCAACAGCAGGGGACACAUUUUUUCCUGUCACAGUUAGUUGCUCGCUUACCUACUCCCUGCAAAGCCUUCUCGGGCCUGAGGAGCUAGCCUGCCUCUUGGCCAAUGGGGAUCUGGUAUCUUGUCUGGGAUCGGAUGGUGGGUGUUUCAGUCUGGCCCUGGAUACGCUGACAGUGGAUUGGCUGGAUGCCCUGCAGGUGACCACAACCACGCCUCCUGAUAGCGACACUAAGACCCCCUCCGUUUAUCCGAUAACCACUUCCAUGGAUAUGGUUGAGGACUUCUUGUGCUCACAUAGAAGCAGGGGUUCUAGGAGGGGGGCUGGGGAGGAAGGGAAGGUAGCAUCUGAGGAUGGUCUGUUUUCAGCAAGCAUCAAGGUUUCCACAGAGCUCCUGGGAGCUGCACUAGGACUGGAGGCCGAAUGCUCAAUGGGCCCCCAGGGGCCAAAGAGCCCUCCUCUGGGUGUCUGUGGCUCUGUUUUACGCUGGCUGCUGUCUCAGGGGCCUGGUGGAGACAACUGGAGGGGCAGAGGGGAUAAGGGAGGACAGGAGGGCUCUGUGGUCUACGCUCAUUGUCCAGGGGGACACAAGGUCAAACUCGCAGUCAAACAGGUGUCUGUUGGGGACGGCAGUGUUAAGGAGACGGUGGAGAUGCAGGUGGAGUGCUCUUCCAUGACAGCCUUGUGCGGACUACACCAUGCAGUGUUAAGCCGUGUUCUGACUCUGCUCCAGGGUGCAGCUGGCCAACAGGAGACGUCCAUGGGAGUCCAGGGACUGGGUUUGAGACAGGCUCUACAGAGGGCACAGGCCCUAUACGAGCAGCUCCAGGAAGCUCGAAUCCCAGAAGCCAUUGGAUUGGGCUGGACCACAGAACGGACCACCAAGACACUGUUCAGCAUUUACCGGGAACUCAGAGACAACCCCCUUCUCAUCCUCUGACUCCGGCACCAUCCAACGUGGGGUUGUCAUCCAUAACAUCGUCAUCCAAUAACUUCAACCUUAACCACCCAUACAUACAUUUUCCUAAACCUCAUUUUCAAUUCACAUCUGAUAAUCAUUAUCCCAUACAUGCAAUGAAAGACUGUUUGUCUCCCUCUGCUGGUUUGUUAUACUAACAGCAUUUCUUUAUUUGAGUGUGUGUUGAAUGGUU